UUGAAUUCACCUACACUAAUCAGAUUCGUACUAAAAUCCUAGUAAUUGGAUCACUGUACUAACUUUUGUAUUAGUAGUGGGAAUUGGUACCAAAGCACUGUUUUGAAUGAAUAAGUUAUUAUUUGUUAAAUUUUCAAAGCUGUUUAUGAGAUAAAAAUGAGUUCAAUAGGAACAGGGUAUGAUUUAUCAGCUUCGCAAUUUUCACCAGAUGGACGAGUGUUUCAAGUAGAAUAUGCACAGAAAGCUGUUGAAAACAGUGGUACAGUCAUAGGUCUUCAAGGAAAAGAUGUGGUUGUAUUUGCGGUUGAAAAAUUAAUAACAUCAAAGCUGUAUGAGCCAUUUACAAAUAAACGAACUUUUAAUAUUGAUGAACAUAUUGGAAUGGCUGUAUCGGGACUCAUUUCUGAUGCUCGCCGUAUUGUAGAAACAGCUAGAUUGGAAGCUGCAAACUAUAGAGCACAAUAUGGUAUUGGAAUACCACUAAAAUAUUUAAAUGACAGAUUGUCUAUGUAUAUGCAUGCCUAUACAUUAUAUUCAGCCGUUAGACCUUACGGUUGUUCAAUUAUUCUCAGUAGCUACCAAGAUAAUCCAGAAAUGUAUGUGAUUGAUCCAUCGGGAGUUUCAUAUGGAUUUUAUGGGUGUGCCAUUGGUAAAGCUAAACAAUCUGCUAAGACUGAAAUUGAGAAAUUGAAACUAGCAUCAAUGGAUUCUAAAGAUAUAGUGAAAGAAGCAGCUCGCAUAAUAUAUUUAGUCCAUGAUGAACUAAAGGACAAACAAUUUGAACUAGAAAUGAGUUGGGUAGGUAAACACACUGAUGGAAAACAUGAACGAGUUCCUUCAGAAAUACAAUUGGAAGCAGAAGCAAGAGCUUGCCAGUCGUUAGCUGAAGAUUCGGAUAGUGAUACAGAAGAAAUGUAAAAAAAAAAGUUAUUACAGCAAUAUAGAAAAAAGGCAAUCGAAUAAAUUAUAUUUUAUUGAAAAACCAAGUUUGUAUUAACGAA